AGGCAAUGCGCGGCGACACAAGAUGGCGGCGCCCUGUGUGCGCGUGUGUCGGCAGUUGGUUGGGAGAAGCGGGGCAUCGGCGGCUGCAGCUGCUACCGGGCGGUUGGAGAGAGGCAGCGGCGGCAACGGCAACAAUAACACCAAGGCCAAGGCGCACCGGUAUUAUUCCACGAGUCCUUUACUCUGCCAGUGUGUUGCGUUGAAACAGACAGAUUCUGCAGAAGAAAUUGUCAUUCCAAGAAAGAAAACUUGGGACAAGCUAGCAGUCCUUCAUGCUCUUGCAGCUACAGUGAACAGAGACCCCACAGCCCCACAUUACAGGUUUCAAGAUGACCCGUACCUUAUACCCAGGACAUCACCCGAGUUUCGUCUCUACUCCCUAUCACAGGAGUCUGGGUGUUAUGCGGCCAAGUACAUCGUUAACACUUAUCCCAAGUUUUUCCAGAAGGAUUUUGCUGAACCGUCUAUACCAUGUUUAAUGCCACAACAGUUGGAGCCACUGUUAAAUGAAGUGACGGAGGAAGCCCUAAAAGAAUGCAUUCAGCUCAGGAGAGUGAAGGAUUCUGUUGAUCUGUAUGACCAACUCGUGCAAGCAGGGACUCCAGUGUGUCUUGAAACCACAAACACCUUGUUGGAUCUGCUCUGUGUUUACGGAGAUCAGGAGCCACCAAGAGAAAAUCAGCUUGAGGCAGGAGCAGCUGAAGAUCAGAACGAGGUGAAUGAAGACCCACAGAGGAGACGAAGGGGGCGAUUACGCAAAGCUACAGAUUUGCUGACUGUCACCUGGAGGGAAAAUAAUAAUGCAGAGAGGAUAUUCAAUCUGAUGCCCGAAAGGAAUGAACAUACUUACUGUGCAAUGAUUCGAGGAAUGGUUAAGUAUGCUGCUUAUACAAAAGCCGUCAACAUGUACACUGAUCUGUUAAACAAUCGAAUGAGAGCGGAUGUUCAUGCCUUUAAUGCACUAAUCUCAGCUGUCCCGGAGCUUAAGGAAGCGUAUAAUGAGAAAAUUGAUUUUAUUCUGGAGCUGCUGAAACAAAUGGCAGAACAGAAAGUACAACCAAACCUGUUAACAUUUAAUUCUGCAUUGAAGAGCCUCCGAAGGUGCGGUUCAAAUGCCAAAGGCCUUUCCCUGCAGAUAAUAAAUGAAAUGAAAUUCCUAAAUAUUGAACCAAGUUUGGCCACCUUUGAUCAUUUACUUGGUAUUUUCUAUAAACCUGCUGCAUCGAGCCAGCUACCCAUUGAUGUUAUCUUCAGUUUGCUUGAUGAGAUCGAAGGGAAGCUCUUUGAGCCCAAAGAUCCUGAUGAUGUAAACUUCUUUAUCAGUUCUAUGAAAGUGUGCAUGGAUUUGAAAGACCUUGAACUGGCUUACAGAAUUCACAACGUGCUUGAAACUGGAGACAACUGGAAAUUAUUGGGUGAUUCUUAUCAGCGGAGUAUUUAUUAUGGGAGGUUCUUCAACAUUGUGUGCAUGAUGGAGAGCAUCGAUGUAGUUCUCAAGUGGUACAAGAACCUCAUUCCAUCGGUUUACUAUCCCAAUGUGCAAGGUGUGAGGGAUCUGCUGCAGGCUUUGGACACUGAAAACCAGUUACAGCUGGUUCCCAGCAUCUGGAAAGACAUUAAGCGGCUUGGUCAUGGUAACAAGCAGGACCUUGUGGAGGAAGUGCUGGAGCUAAUGGGUCGGGACAAACACAGUCCAGAGUUGCAAGUAGCCUUUGCCGACACAGCCGUGGACAUCAUGUCUCUCUAUAAGCAGACCCAGCAACGUAACCUGCAAUGGACAGCUACAUCUUUGGGCAAAGUGACCGCUCUGAUUCUGAGAGGAGGGAAGACUCGAGAUGCGUGGGAGAUGCUGCCACUUUUUAAAGCAAAUAACAGAGUUCCAAGCAAAGGUCUACUAGAUGAGUUCCUGAACCAUGCGAAGGAAAGCAGCAACAAGGCUUUGGCUCUGGACUUGGUGAAACUUGCUGGUUCCUUCAGCCUACCUGCAAUAGCAGAGUUCUUGGACAGGGUGACCACUGACUUCGACCUGACUGAAGAAGAACGGAGGUCCCUGGAUGACCUGGAUGCCAGCAGUAGUAGUAGUGGUAGCAGCAGCAGCAGUGAAAGUGAUAGUGAUCGCGAAUAACUUUGUUGUCUUGGAUCCAGCAUGCCGUCUCCUAAAUCCACGAUGGGCGACUGAGGAGAGGCCUUGUAUUUAUUGUUGCUUCAAAUGUGGUACAGAACAGCAUGUGGAACAUGACUGACUUGCACAGGUGUGGCUGCAUGAAGAAAAAAUAAACUGAAGAACUGCAAAUGAUUUACAUUUUAAGGAUGUGUGAAAUGGUAAUAAGCAAUAUGACAUGAAGAACACACACUUGCACCUACAGUUCAAGGAAGGAUGCUGUGAAUGACCUUUCCUUGGUUGGAAGAGGUAAAUUCAAAGGUCUGUUAAAUAUUGGCAUCCGUCUGGCCAAAUUAAUUAGUAAUUAGAUGUCAUGGGGAAAAGGCAGGAGAAUGGGGUUGAAAGAUAAAGAUAGAUCAGCCAUGAUUGAAUGGUGGAAUAGACUUGAAGGGGCGAAUGGCCUAAUUCUGCUCCUACACAUUUAUUCGGCCCAUCGAGCCUACCGUUCAAUCAUGACUGAUCUCUGCCACCUAAUCCCAUUUUCCUGCCUUCUCCCCAUAACCCUUGACACCCGAUCUAUUGACGUGACUUUCUCUGCCUUAACAAUAUCCACUAACGGCGGCUUCAGUGAGUUCCACAGAUUAACUAUCCUCUGAGUAAAGAAGUUCCUCCUCACCUUUCUUUUUUUUUAAAAGCGCCCUUUAAUUCUGAGGCUAUGACCUCUGGUCCUCGACUCUCCCACCAGUGGCAAUAUCCUUUCCACAUCCACUCUAUCCCUUUCAUUAUUCUGUAAGUUUCAAUGAGGUAACAAACAAAUAAAAGUUUGUUCUCUAUCAUGGAGAGUGUUCUCCGACAAUAUCUGUUCACCAACAACCUACUCAAAUGCCUGCCUGUCUUUUCUUUUGUUCAACAAAUGCAUACUGAAGAAGGGUUUCGGCCCAAAACAUUGCCUAUUUCCUUAUUCUCCAUAGAUGCUGCUGUACCCGCUGAGUUUCUCCAGCAUUUUUGUGUACCUUGCAUACACCAAGAUUUGGUGGCCAUUCAGGAAGGCCAGGCAAUGACUAUUGCAAACAACAACAAAACAUUAUCCCCACCUUGUUACAUUCAUUAGCAUUAUUAUUGCUCUCUGCCAUCAAUACCCUGGAGAUUAUCAGUACCAGAAACUCAACUGGAUAAGCUGUAUAAAUAUUGUAGCUACCAGAGCCAGUCAGAUGCUAGAAACCCUACAACUAACCAGGGCAUGUCUGAAACAUCAUGGAUUAUUUGUCACUUGCCUGUUUGGGUCCAGCUCUAACAACACAACCUUCCUACAUAAUAGGGUCCACAAAAUGAGACCAGACUUGAUACAGGAGUCUGAAGCCCUACUCCAGACCACCUUGUUCUUUUGACAGCAUGCAAGUGUCAAACUCUAGGUAAAUUAUUUCGCUGUUGAAUGUUGUUGAUUGCUGAUAAACCUGACAUUUAAAAUCAUUGAAGUGUAUAAAUUAAAA